AUGGCCGUCGCUUAUCGGAAGACUGGCGUGGCCUUCCAACCCGAGUUCGCGGAGCCCAUCGUCAACCUCACCGUGCCCGUGGGACGCGAUGCAACCUUCACCUGCAUCGUGCAUCACCUCGGCGGCUACCGGUGUGGGCAAGGCCAGGCAACGAAGGAGUCCGGAGGCGAUGGAGGUGGGAGUGACGGGGGCGGGGGAGGGGAAGCUGCGAUGGCAGGCGUGGAGGCGGAGCUGAAGAAGGUGAGGACGGAGGCGGACGCCGGGGCGACAGAUGGAACAAUGAUGAGACGCUGGAGUCGAGAUCCCGGAUUUGAAGACUCCAAGACUGCAGAGGCGAUUUUGCAGAGCUUGUUUCCGAGAAACGUCUGA